AUAACAAAACAGUGCGACACAGAAAUGCAGCAAGGGCCGUUUGUUUUACUGAGUUUCGGGCUCCUCUGGCUAAGCUGUUGUCUGGCCAUCGACUUUUGUGAGGUUAAGGCCUGUCAGGGCAUGCCUCAUGUGGGCUGCAACAACAGCAUGAAAUUUGAUCAGAAGUGCCUGCGAGAUCGCCGUUUGGUCAACAUGGAAAUGUACCGUACGUAUUUUCUGGCUAUGCACAACACCUACCGCCAGAGAGUGGCAAGCGGGGAGAUCGGCGGCCUGCCCAAGGCCCAGCACAUGCCCGAGCUGGUGUGGGACAUCUACUUGGCCCUCGUGGCGGAAUAUCAUCUGAAGCGCUGUCUGAGGGAACUGAACGACGUGUGCGUGGCCACAGAUGACUUUCCAGAACCCGCAGUCAAUUACGGCGAUGACCUGCAGCCGCGUGCCCUGCAUCUAAUCUCGAAUAUGCGCCAGGUGACCUUCCUCACGGAAAGCUGGCUGCACGAGGUCUAUCAACUGCAGAGCAUCCACACGGAAACGGCGCCCCGUGCCAUACGCCACAUCAUAAACGAUCGCGCCACCCACAUGGGCUGUGCCGCUGGCCAAAACUACGACAAUUGGAAUGUUCGCUUCGUGCUAAUUUGUUACUACGAUGUGGAUGCCCUGCGCAAGCAGAACCUCUACACCAGCGGCGACUUCCGCGAGAGUCAGUGCACAGCUGGCAGGAGCCAGCGCUACGCCAACCUCUGCCGUAGGUUGCCCAAAAAUGUCUAAAAUAUGUCUGUCGGUGAGUACUGCCCAGAAUAAAUA